AUGUCAGGGGGUAGAAGUCUUUGGCGCUCAUUUGCUGAAGAAAGGCUUCUGUGGGUCGCAGGUGGGGAUGGCCUGGAAGCCAAUGCUCUAGUUGUGGCCGGCGAACGUCGGAUCUCUUGCUCCCAGGUGCUAUGCUUGGAGCAGCUGGACAUAUCGGCAAACCUGAAGCUUCAGCUGCCCUUUUUUGCCAACGAGCUGCUGGGAGCUGUUCAUUUACAUGGACCGCUUGGUCUGGACACCAUCCUAGAUUUCUGUCACCACUUGCAAGCGGUGUUGGAGGAGGUCGAGAAGCACCAAAGUGUGUGCCUGACUUGCUCCAGGCGACCUGGAGCGGUGGCAAAUUCGCUUCUGCUGUUGGGCGCUUUCUUGAUCCUCGAGAGAGGCUAUACAGCAGACAAGGUGAUGCGGCUUGUGGACUCGUCAAACGGUGGAGCCAUUCCGACUUCCGAGCUCCGCUUCCCUACACCAUUCUUGGACGUGGCCUCAGACCAUGACCCCUUGGCUUCUGUCAAUUCUAAAGGUUCUUGCUCCAAGCAUGCAAACCUGAACAAACGGCUCAGGAACAACCAAACUUCACUGAAGAUUCGUUGA